GAUUUCUUGUCUAUAAAGAGGAUACUGAUAACUUGGCUUCCUUAGUUUCAUAGUUCUUGCUCACUGAAGUCAUCUCUUUGAAUCUUCACUUUGCUUCUUAUAGAGAUUCAGAUUACGUCGUGCGAGUUGUAUAAACCAGGAAGCAUGGCGAUCAAAGAGGAUGUGGAGAAUGUUGUGCAGGAGAACAUAAGGGAGCCACUCGUGAGAAGUAGUGGAGAGGGAUCUGGUCAUGGAAGCGGCAAAGAGGAUCAAUGGAUGGUUUACCUGAGCACAUUUGUUGCAGUUUGCGGCUCUUAUGAAUUCGGAUGUUGUGUGGGUUAUUCAUCGCCUACUCAGUCUGCCAUCACUGAAGAUCUCAGUUUAACAACUUCAGAGUACUCAGUGUUUGGCUCCAUUCUUACAUUUGGUGCAAUGAUAGGUGCUAUCACAAUUGGACCCAUCACCGAUCUUGUUGGUCGAAAAGGAGCCUUGAGAAUGUCCUGUGCUUUCUGUGUUGUGGGUUGGCUUGCUAUUUACUUUGCUGAGGGUGCUUGGGCUCUUGACAUUGGGAGAUUGGCAACUGGAUAUGGAAUGGGAGCCUUUUCAUAUGUUGUACCUGUUUUUGUUUCUGAAAUUGCACCCAAACAUCUUCGAGGAAGACUAACUGCUUUAAAUCAGUUGAUGAUUGUUUCUGGAGUCUCCGUUUCCUUUAUAAUUGGGCUUGUAGUAAGCUGGAGGGCAUUAGCACUAAUAGGACUAAUUCCGUGUGCUGUGACCCUUUUUGGUCUCUUUUUCAUUCCCGAGUCUCCAAGAUGGUUGGCAAAGAAAGGACGCCACAACGAUUUUGAAGUUGCACUGCAGAAACUUCGUGGGAAAGAUGUUGACGUAUCUCAUGAAGCAGCAGAAAUCCAGGAUUAUAUAGCAACUCUUGACAGUCUCCCUAAAGCCAAAUUGCUAGAUUUGUUUCAAAGGAGAUACUUGCCGGCAGUCUUGAUAGCAGUUUUCUUGAUGGUCUUUCAACAACUGGGAGGAAUCAAUGGUGUCUGUUUCUAUGUCAGUGAUAUUUUUGAGCAAGCAGGAUUUUCUUCCACCGUUGGAACUAUAAUCUACGCUAUUCUUCAGGUUGUGGUAACUGGCAUAGGUGCAUCCAUAAUGGAUAAAGCCGGACGAAAGCCUCUGAUAUUGACUUCUGCAUCAGGAUUGCUACUUGGCUGUGUGGUGACUGCAAUUGCAUUCUUUCUCACGGCUCAAGAACUGGCUCUCACUGUUGCUCCUGUACUUGCAGUAACUGGCAUACUGAUAUUCAUAGGAGCCUUUUCAAUAGGAAUGGGAGCAGUGCCUUGGAUUAUCAUGUCUGAGAUAUUCCCUAUAAAUAUUAAAGGGCAAGCCGGAAGCUUAGCCACACUAGUGAACUGGUUCGGUGCAUGGUUGUGUUCCUACACUUUCAACUUCCUUAUGAGUUGGAGCACAUACGGUACCUUCAUUCUGUAUGCAGCAAUCAAUGCUCUAGCUAUAUUUUUUGUGAUAUUCUUUGUACCUGAAACCAAGGGGAAAACUCUGGAACAAAUCCAAGCAGCCAUAAGUAAAGAGAGAAGUGAAGAAACAUAAGGAGAAGAAACGGAGAGCAUUUUUGAGGGUAAAUCUCAUUGAAAUCUUUGCAAAUCCAUCGCCAAAACUUGGUAGAUGGACACUGCUUCAAAACAAAGAGUACUGUUAUACCAGUAGUGUACUGCUGUUUUUCUUCCUUUUUUUUAUUUUUAUUGAUUGAGGUCAAUUGGUGCCUGAUUUUCAUUUAAACUAUGAAAUGCUGUUGAAUUC